AGCUGUGUGGAUAAAAUGGAAGACAGCACAGCUCAGACAGAGAGAUAUUUUGCACCACAAUUUAUGUGCAUUUACGAUGUUUUGGAAUCAGAAAACGAUCGCGAUAGACGUAGAUUUUGGGUUCGGCCGAUAUUUAGUGCAGAGAUGCGAUUUCUUCAGGGUGCAAGUGACAACUUGAUAAGCGAAAUGGAAUUAGUUGACAACGAGAAGUACGUGAAUUACUUCCGUAUGACACCUAAACUUUUCAACCAGUUACUCUCUUUGUGCGAAGCUGGCCUGACAAAGCAGACGGUGGUUCGUGAUCCAAUUCCUGCUAAAACUCGACUGCAAGUUGUUCUACUGUACCUAGCAUCAGGCGAUAGCAUGACAUCGAUCUCCUAUGCCUUUCGGAUUAGACAUAACACAGUAACCAAAAUUAUAGCAGAAGGUUGCAAUGAGAUAUGGAGGUGUUUGAAAGACUCAGCAUUCUUAACAGUAAAUACAAACAAUUGGAAAUCUCUGGCUAACAGCUUUCAAGAAAAGUGGAAUUUUCCCAAUUGCAUAGGAGCCAUCGACGGCAAGAAUGUAGUAUUGCAGGCACCGGUGAACAGUGGCUCAACAUUCUAUAACUACAAGGGCACUCAUAGUUUAGUUUUGUUGGCAUGUAGCGAUGCACAUUACCGCUUCACCCUUGUAGACAUCGGAGCUGAGGGACGUCGAAGCGAUGGUGGAAUAUUCCGGACCAGCAAUAUUGGCCAACGGUUCGAAGAAGGGUCAUUACAACUUCCUCUGCCCCGAUCCAUUGGUGGUAACGAUGGACCCAUUCUACCUUUUGUAUUGCUUGGUGAUGAAGCCUUCGCACUGACCAAAUAUAUGAUGAGGCCAUAUCCCCGUAGUUCUGCUCUGAACAGAACGAAGAAGAUCUUCAAUUAUAGGCUGAGUAGGGGGGGAAGAGUUAUUCAAAGUGCGUUUGGCAUCAUGGCAGCAAAGUGGAGAAUCUAUCGGAGACCGAUUAUUGCAUCUGUACCCACUGCAAUAAAGAUUGUGCAAGCAACGUGUUGUUUACAUAAUUAUAUAAUAUCUCACGAAGCAGUAUUACCUGCUACACAGAGAUUCUACUCGACAGUCACUACCGAAGAACGCAGUGCAGGUUGUUAUGCCUUACUUGACAUUGACAAUACUGGAUCGGUGUCGUAGUGUUCAGGCUACAAAGAUCAGAGCGAAGUAUGCGAGAUUUUUCGAAGGUGAAGGCGCAGUGCCCUGGCAAUGGAAAAGGAUGAUGAGGAACGAUUUUCAAUCUCAUACCUGGGAAGACGUAAACUUACAUUUUUAUCUACAGCUUGAGUCCUGGCUUUUAAUCGUGGUUAUUAUUUUCCUAGUUAUCUGUUUCUGAUUUGUGAAUCUAAUACCUGCCUGAGGGCCAUCCCAUGGUGUAAUAAAUUGGUGUUGUUAUUAUUAGCAUUCUUUAAUUUAGCGUUGUACCGUUACUUAUCUAAUACGAAAUACAGCCUUGUGAUGAACUU